UCGGAAGCAUCACCAACCCCCUCGGCGAACUCUCCCUUUCCACCUGAAGUCUUGCAAUCGGACAACAAAUCAAGAAAUCACAACAAAUCAAACCCGCUCUGAGCAACCAUGGCUGCUAAGCAGAGUUUCGCUUCUCUUUCCAUAUCGCCGCCGUCGCAUUCUUCCUACGCGCUCACCCAUUGCCCGAUUUCCCGGAAACAAGUUUCUUUCUUUUUCAACUCCCGCUCUCCAAACGCCAGGCGCAGGCCCGUUUCGCUUCGUUCCCAAAUGCCCGAUUCCGAUUCCGUCAAGGCCGGCCCGAAUGGAUCUGGGUCCAGAAGCCCCGCCUCGUUGAGUCAUGAUUGCAGCGGCGCCGGAGCUUCGUCUUCCCCUUCUAAUGCCAUUGAUUUUCUCACGCUUUGCCAUAGUCUAAAGACUACAAAACGGAAGGGAUGGAUAAAUCAUGGGAUCAGAGGCCCCGAAUCCAUCGCUGAUCACAUGUAUCGAAUGGCCGUGAUGGCUCUGAUUGCUGGUGAUCUUCCUGGAGUCAAUAGGGAAAGGUGUAUUAAAAUAGCCAUUGUUCACGAUAUUGCAGAAGCAAUUGUUGGAGAUAUUACUCCAUCUGAUGGCGUGCCUAAGGAAGAAAAAAGCAGAAGAGAGAAAGCUGCACUGAAUGAAAUGUGCGAAAUUCUUGGUGGAGGAAUGAGAGCUGAAGAGAUCCAGGAACUUUGGGCAGAGUAUGAAAACAAUGCUUCCUUGGAGGCCAAUCUUGUAAAAGAUUUUGACAAGGUUGAAUUGAUUCUGCAGGCUCUGGAGUAUGAAGCGGAACACGGGAAAGUACUCGACGAAUUCUUCCUCUCGACUGCAGGAAAAAUCCAAACUGAACUCGGGAAAAGCUGGGCAGCGGAGAUCCAUUCUAGGAGAAAUGCGAGAUUGGCCAAAAGGCAGAACUGAUCCUUCCAUGCCUCCAUUGUUCAUUCGAGUUCUGAUCGGACCUCUACAAUUCUUCUCACCGUACCAUUGUAUGGACAAAACCUUCCUUUCUUUCGGGUGUUGACUCCCAUAUGAACCACCCGAUUCUUCUCUUUAACCUUUGACAUGUUUGCUCGAGUAGAACAGUAAGAAAAUAUAACUCAAAAUCUAAUCAAAAAAGAUAUCAACAUGAUUAGCGACAUCCUAUACUUUCGUCUUGAAACACUACUAGAAAAUUCAUGAUUUGCAACAACGGGAAGUUGCAAUCGAACGAAUGUAGAAGACUUUGAUGUAUGCUUUACUUAACAUCAACUUAAAUAGAAUGGCAGGACCCUCAAAGUGCUUAGUGAAGUGUUCUGAUUACAUUUGUUCUUGCCAGCUUCUUGGUUGAUCAAAAAUAGUGCUGACUUUAAGGAUAUUUCAUUGUUCUUUCUUCUAUGUUUCAGUGUUUUGAUUUUAGUA